AUGCCCAUCUUGAAGAAUCUCGGGGUGGCCGACUCCAGGGUGAACCGGGGGUCCACCCUGCCCCUGAGGUCUUCUCGGAACCCCUUCGAGGAAGACCCGGGGCUGGACGAGGAGGAGCCGGGGCCCCUGCCCAAUGGGACGUCGUGCCGCCGAAGGGCCACCCUGGAGAAGCUGGCCGGCCUGUCCCCGUUCCGCUUAGGCUGGAAAGGGGGCGCCGGGGACGGGCAGGGGCAGCCUCGCUCCUUCCUGGGCCGCGUGCUGAGCCCCGGGUUCCGCAGGAGCUCGGCCGACUUCGGGCUCCUGUCCCGGCUGCCGGGGCUCCGGGGACAGAGCGAGGAGGACCCGGCGGGGGAGGCGGCGCGCGGGAUGACCUUCCUCCGGCUGGGCCGGGGUUCCAAGCCCCGGAGAGCAUCCCUGGCCGAGAGGGUCGUGCCAGCCGGCGAGGCGGCCCCAGAGCCCCCCGCCAAGGUCCCGGAGCCCCCCAAGAUGAAGGAGCCGCUGUCAGUGCUGGAGAUCCUGAGCCUGAUCCAGCAACGCGAGCUGGCGCGGGCCGACGAGCAUAUCCUGGAGCUGGAGGCCGAGGAGCUGGCGGCGUCGGGGAGCGGCGCGCCGAGGCCACCGCAGGCCGAGGGCGCGGGCACCGGGCGCCGGGCGCGCGACGUGGCGCUGCUCUACGAGGCCCUGCAGCGCGAGCUGUGGGCGCUGGUGCGGGAGACCCUGGCGGGGCCCGGGCCGGGCGCGGGCGCCGGGGCGGGCGCGGUGGCGCAGCUGGGCCAGGUGCUGCUGCAGGAGGAGGCGGCCGACGGACGCCGGGGGCCCGGGGCGGCCCGCAAGCUGCGCGUCCGCUGGGCCGAGGCGGUAGCCCGCGCCGCCCGCGAGCGCCUGGAGGCCGCGGCCCCGGGGGCCCCCGGGGGGCUGGCGGCGCAGCUGGAGGCGCUGCGAUCGCGGCUGCUGGAGGACAUGGGCGUGGUGCGGGGCCGCCUGGCGCCCGCCUACCCCGCCGUCCUGUGCGCCUUCGGCGUCUACCUGCGCGGCUACCACGGCGCCCUGGCCGAGUGGCUCGCGGCGGCUGCCCGCCGCAGGCUGCCGCUGACCGACCGCUACGCGCUGCUGCAUUGGCACAACCAGGUGUACCCCAGGGAGGUCCUAGGGCUGGUGGACCUGGUGGCCCUGGAGAAGGGGGAGCUGGGGCCCCUUUUGUCCCCUGGCACCUUGCACAACUUGGAGGAUGAAUGUAUCACAGAUGUGAAGGUACUUGAUCUAAGCACUGGACGGUGGUUCACUGCAGGCUCAGACGCGGCAGCUUUGCUUCGGAGGCUGCAGGAAGAUGAGGAACGCUGGAAUUCACAGGAAGACCAGCCCACCAGGCCUGCCCAAGGCGUGUGUGUCCUGCUGGAAGAACAUACAGAGCGAGCACCCCGCAUCAGCAAGGAGUUUGAGCGGAUGGCACACUGCUGUUUGGGGGGUCUGGCAGAGUUCCUCCAGAGCUUCCAACAGCGUGUGGAGCGGUUCCACGAGAAUCCAGCAGUGCGGGAGCUGCCCCCCGAUAUCUAUGUCAGCAGGACCAUUGCCUUGGUCAACUGUGGGCCCCCCCUGAGAGCACUGGCAGAGCGACUGGCUCGGGUGGGGCCCUCCGAAAGUGAGCCGGCCCGAGAAGCAGCGACCAGCGCCCUGGAUCGCGUGACCCGGCUCUGUCACCGAGUCCUGGCUGACCUGCUAUUCCAAGAACUGCAGCCUCACUUCAACAAGCUGAUGCGCAGGAAAUGGCUGACCAGCUCCGAGGCCCUGGAUGGCAUCGUUGGCACGCUGGGCGCACAAGCCCUGGCGCUGCGUCGCAUGCAGGACGAGCCGUACCAGGCGCUGGUGGCCGAGCUGCACCGGCGCGCGUUGGUGGAGUACGUGCGGCCGCUGCUCCGAGGCCGUCUGCGCUGUCGCUCGGCUCGGACCCGCAGCCGCAUGGCCGGGCGGCUCCGUGAGGACGCGGCGCAGCUCCAGAGGCUCUUCCGAAGGCUGGAGUCCCAGGCGUCGUGGCUGGACGCCGUGGUGCCCCACCUGGCCGAGGUCCUGCAGCUGGAAGACACGCCCAGCAUCCAGGUGGAGGUCGGGGUGCUGGUGCGCGACUACCCCGACAUCAGGCGGAAACACGUGGCUGCCCUCCUGGACAUUCGGGGCCUUCGGAACACAGUGGCCCGUCACGAGAUCCUGGCAGUGGCCCGGGACCUGGAGCUGUCCGAGGGGGUCUCUCCAUGUCUCCCCCGAGACCGGGCUUUCUUCAGGGACAUCCCAGUACCCCGCCCUGCUUUCUGCCUCAGUCUUCCCCUCUUCCUGGGCCGCCUCCCCGUCUCCCGGCUAUCCCGGCUAUCCAGGCCCGACCUGGCCUGUCUCCCUCGGGCCAGGUCACCGUCUCCCACCAGGUCUCGGGCUCAGCGCUGACGCUCUCCUGGCUCUCUGCCUCAGUGACCCCCCCCAUCUUUGCUGCUGAUGCCCCUGUCCUCUGUAUGGGGAUCCUCCCCUCCCCAC